GGGAGGAGGUGCCUGACUAACUGGAUUCAACUCAGACUUGCUCCCUGAACUGUCGUUACCUACCUCAGAUCUGACUGCUGUUUUCCAUUUUUGGAGAUUAUUUCGAGACAAGGGGCGUCGAUUUGUACACAACACAGCUUUCUUUCAUUGUGUUUAGGACCCAUGGUUUUAUAUCUUCAAAACAAGGGGAAAAAAUAUCUGAUCACCACCUUAAAAUGCUAUGUGCAUCCAAUAAUAACUGAAAGUAAACAUAACGUUGACGGGAAUCAAGGAAGAGUCUCACAGCAUCACCAGCGUGAAAGAUGACAUGCUCGUAUAGCUAAAGGAACCACUUAUUUUUUAAAUACUUUAUAGUGUAUUUUUUAUUUUACGAAAUGAAAGUGAGACUAUUUUAAGUUUUACAUUUCUUCUUUCUUUUUUGUAACCGGAGUUGUUAAUUUGAAGAGGAGAAAAUGAAGAUUCGCCAGUCUGGCUUGAUCUUCAUUAUUUUUAUAUUUCUAGAGGGCAUAGAAGCCAAGAAGUACUGCUGGUAUUUCGAGGGGGGAUAUCCUACAUAUUUUAUAUGCCGUUCCUUUGAGGACUGUUGUGGUACACGGUGCUGUGUAAGGGCCCUCUCCAUUGAGAGAUUAUGGUACUUCUGGUUGCUGCUCAUGAUGGGGGUGCUGUUCUGCUGUGGGGCUGGCUUCUUUAUUCGGAGGCGAAUAUACCCAUCUCAUCUAACAGAUGAGCCUUCUUUAAAUGUGUCCUUCACCAGACAGCCUGUGAACACCAUGUCGGGUUCCCAGCAGCCAGGCAUGCAGCACUAUGGUAACGUUGGAGGACCUGUGGUGAAUCCCAUUGCUCCGGCCUUCCAGGUGCAGCCCAGUUCUCCACAUCUCAAUGCGUCCUACCCACCCCCUCCAUCCUACUGCAACCAGCCGCCUCCUCCGUACGAGCAAGUGGUCAAAUCUUCAGCGAAAUAAGGAGCCAAUAACUUAUGUGCAGGCUUUUUUUUCUGAGGGACAAAGGUGGAUGCUUCUUCCUUCUUUUGUUUUCAAUGGUUAUAUUAUAUUUCAAAGAUGCAGCCUGUUUUCAUUCAGGGAGGGGAAAAUGAUCAAGUCAGUGUCUGAGAAGAAGAUUAAUGUAUGGAUUAAUGUGAGGCUGUUGAGCAUCCCUGGAGAAGUGGCAGAAUAACAUCACACAAGCAGGCCCAAUUUGCUGUUGUACUUCUCAUGUUUUCAAAAUUUGAACCUCCCUACUGCUAUGCAAGCUGCACUCUUUUGUUUUAAGGUUGACUGCAUUUUUGUAAUUGCAAGCUGCUAUUCACCCAUCUCAGUAGUAGCCCACUGGCAAAGAUGUGUCUAAUAUAAGACACUGGCUGAAUAAUGGGUAGGAACAUUACUGUAUCUAUUGGUAAUAAUAGAAAUAUUAAAAAAAAAAAAAAACCAAGGGGAGCUAGGAAAGAUGGCAUAAUAUGAGGCUGAUGCAGGGAGAACAGAUUUGUCACAGGAAAAAAAUGUAUAUAGAUAUACAUUGUUAUAGUGCUGCAGCUUUUAGUCAAAGUAUAUGAAUACUCAAGUAAACUUAAAAAAUAAAUCCUACACUUGUUUACCUGUACCACAGCGGGCAGCAAGACCAGGAAGCACUAGCUGGCUACUGUGUGAUUACUUUGUUUGAUUUUGUUAAAAUGAAAACAUCUUUCUUCUGCUUGCCUGCUGAAAAUUUCAGCAGCAGCUGGUAAGGCCAAACAAAAAUGAAAAAUAGUGCCAUCCUGAUAUAUAUGAUUUAUUUUUAUUUGCACUGUACACAAGGCUCCUGUUCAUGAAGUUAACUGAGUAUCACUUAACUGAGAACAUUUUUCUGUUAUAUUUGGGGAUAUGACUGCUGUAACACUAAAAUAUGUCCAGUGGUUAUAUUUUAAUCACAGUUUAAAGAGGACUGAGAAGGUUGAAUAAUAAUUAUUUUACAGCUUUAUUUAUUUUGCGUUUUAACACUAGAACUACCGGAGCGGUCUUUUUGACCAAUCACUUUUUAAAAAAUGCAUUUUUCUCCACUGAUUUGGCAGCUAGACGUUUGUGGUUCUUGACUUUUCCUAAAUACAGUGCUCACCCUUUAUAAUGCUAUAGUGGGGAGCCAUAGUUACAAGACGGUGCUAUUUGUGUUCUGCCUUAUAACGAGUCUAAAAGGGCUACUGUAAUGGCAUUAUGGAGCAAAAGGGAGCCACGACCCUACCGUGUUGUAACUGAUUCCGCACUACAACAAGGCGUGUUAUAACGGGUGAGCACUGUACAUGUAUUAAACAUCUCAAAGCAUCAGUAGACCCAGGGUUGCAGAAACGUAUGGGAAACGGUGGGUUUGGCUUAGUGCGUGUGAUCGAGCUGCUGAACUUGAAAUCUUCGUGUUUAUUUUAAAUAGCUACAGCAGGAUACUUUUUCAGACAAGUGAUUUAUUUAACAACUGCAGAAAUAUUUACUGUCUAGUGAAAUCGAAUAGACAAACUCAAUGUAGGACUGCACAGCAAGUCUUGCAGUACUUUCAGGAGUUAUUGCAAGAUGAAUCUGGACACGAAAAUGCGCCAGACCAAGAGACAGUGAUGAAACUUACUGUGAUCACAAUGAGGUUAGGGAUAGUGACAGUGAAAGUGAUAAGAAAGUUUCAGAAAUUUUGGGACAGAGACAGGCACAGCCACAGCUGCACACUCAAGUUAGAUUUUUGAUACCACCCGGGAGGCAGUAAUUACCUACGUUAGCUAGAGGUCGAUCGACAGACCGUGUAUCAACUUGUGGACGCAGAAGGGCUGCACUCUAACAGUCUACAAGGGCAAACCAAGAAAAACAUGUUCCCAGAGACUGUACAGUUUCCCAGAGACUGUACAGUUUUAUAAUUGCACGAAGUUUGGUGUUGAUAUAGUAGACCAGACACAUGACAGCUGUGCCGUGUGCAAUAAGACAGUGUCUGGCAAGCACGACACAUGUCUGUGUUGAUUGCACAAACUAGACUCCACAAGGUACUUUUUUUUACAUUCCACAUUUUGAACAGUUAUACGUUUCCAUAUUUUGAACAGUUGUACAUUCCAUCUUUUGAACAUUUGAACAAUGCACAUUUUUAAGUUUUACCUUUAUAUCUUUUGAACAGUUGAACAAUCCAUGUUUUGAAGAGUUGUAAGUUCUAUCCUUUGAGUCUGAACACUUUUUUUUUAAUGUAGUCCUGUUGUGCAUGAUUAUAUUACAAAAAAAAAUAGUUACAGAAUAAUAGUGGGGCACUGUAAUUCUCUACUGCUCCACAGUGUCGUAAGCACCCGCUGCAUCUCAAAAGUCAUCUCUAAGCUGCUAAAACCACCCCAUUUUAUAUAACAGCAUUUGGAUACAUGUGCAACAUUUUACACAAUGCAACCAAUCAUAACUCCCCUUGCAACACCACCCCCCCAAGUCUGGUGUCCAUCACAUGUACUAAGCAGGCUGCAAAACUGGUGUCACAAACAAUGUCAAAUGGAAAGUUUUUCGCAACCCUGCUCUUCCUGCUCAUUUGCGCUCCAAAUAUCACAGGCAAGAUGGGAGAACGUCUGAGUAUAGUAGUGCAGCAAUAGCCUGUUCUUUAUGAUAAGCAGCACAAGAAAUAUCUUGAUAAAGAAUACAAAGAAAUGAUGGGAAAAUAUAAGUGAGGAAAUCAGAAUUCCAGGUAAGCACUAUGUUUGGUAUGUUAAAAUAAACACACUGUUUCAACUACAAUGUAAAACUGUCUGUGCUGUCUGACGUUACAUCUGCAUUUACUGUAUUGUUUAAAAAAACUUACAAAAAUAAAACAAAAACACCAGGAUACAUUGAAAUGAUUGUGUUUGGUAGUCCUGUCUGUACUUUUAAUGUUGUUUAACACAGAACAGCGUGCGUCGCUGCAGCAGUUUUAUACACAUUUUAAUAUAGCGGUUAAAAUAAGUACCGCUCCGGUAGUUCUCGGUACAUAUGUACGUCCGGUAGUUCUAGUGUUAAAUGAGUACAUUUGGCCUAUGUAGUUAUGGGGUUCUCAGUCAUACUCUGACAGAAGUCUAGCCAAUCAAAUUGCAACUUGGAACCAAGCAUUUUUCCUAUUUCUUGAAGGUGAUGCCAGUAAUAAAUGGAUACAUUAUAUAGUCGAAACACACAUACAUUCAGUCAAAAUCCUUAAGAAGUACAUGUAUUAUGUUCAGCCAGCUGGCCUGGGAGGACAGUGGAACUCUGUUGUGUUUUAAUACAUAUACGAAUAAACAGACACACACAGACAUGAACACAAGUAUUGACCUACAGUAGCUGCUGGAGAAAGUACUCGCAGCUUCUAUUGAAUCAUCCUAGUAUAGCUGUGAACAUUGUUUUUAAAUGGUUGUAACAACAUUGAUUAGGACAACAGAAGUAAACUAUUAUUAUUAUUAUUAUUAUUAUUAUCAUUAUUGUUGUUUUUCAUGGAACAGGUUGCUAUCCUUUAUUUUAACUGAAUGAUCUAUGCAAUAAUAAAUGCAACUGGAGCGGGUUUAAGAUUUUGUUGCGUUAGUUUGGAGUUAAUUUGAUGUCAGUUCAGUGGUGUGGUACAGUAUCAUGUUUCAUUGUAUUGUUACAGAAAGAAACCCAGUUUAAAUACACUUUCAGAUUUUGAGAUUAAAUAAAAAAAAAACUGUUCCUUUAAAAUGCAAAUUAGUGCGUGUCUUAAUUGGCUAAUUCAGAUUACUCAAUUUGUGGGAAAGCGGAACAUUUGGCCAUGAAAAUGCCACUCUGAAAAUAUAAAAUAAUUAAUUACAAGAUUGUUUUCAUUUAUUUAUUUUUUUUAAUUGGGUGACCGCACGUAUAUUUUGUUUAGUUAGACCUGAAUUGAGAUACAUAUGGGAAUGAAGUCUAUGGGACUUUUUUUAUUUGAUUUUUUAGGCAGAUUUUAACAAAACUAUUUUUGGAAUGGUCUGGACAAACCAAAUUAUUUUACUAAUUGUAAGAAAUUACAUUACCAUGAAUUAAGAUUAGUCUUACACAUGACUGUCACAUGACAAUCGGUAUUAAUACCCUUAUUGGACGGUUCUCACAGUGGCAGCAUCAUGUUAUUUACGUAUUUGUUUAUUUAUUAUUCACACAUAAACAGAAUGUAAUAUUAAUAAUUCCUAUGGUUGCCAGAAUAUGUAUGGGGCCACUCUCCUGGAUGUGCAGUAAGUCUUGUUCUAUGGCCUAGUGCCUAAUAACAUACAGUACCCAGGAGCGAAGCAGAUCUUGCUCGCUCGAAUGUGUUGCAGCUUAUUUCCACAAUAUAAAACAAGCAAGAAAAGUCCUCAGAACAUUGAUUGAACUGCUCCUUCAUGCAAGUUGUUUCUUGCUGGUUUUAUAUUAUUACAUUGUUUUAAUGUUUUGCCUUUGAACUUUCUUCAAGAUCUGCUGUUACAUGUUUUCAACAUUACAAACAUUGAGCAUUAAGCAAAUAGGUUCAAAUGCCAUUUUAGUUUUUUCACCUUGCAAGUUUAUGAUAUUUGCCAUGAUGUUAAUUGUUUUCUAUAUCUGACUGUAUGUGUGUGGGAGCUUGUUUGGAAAACAGCCUAGGGCUGAACAGAUGUCCUCAUUCAAUUCAAAUCAUGUGACAAAUUGGCCUUUUAACUUGGCUGGUUCCGCUUCAUCACCAUCUCUGUAUAUGUAGGAAAGACUGGACCAACAGAGUUGAAAAUCACAUUGGUGUGAAUGGAAUGAGAAUGUUUGCUCAGUGCUAAGCAGUUAAAAAGGCUCAAAAAACUUGACAGGUUCAAAGUCAAAUGAUAUUGGAUUUUGAAAUAACCACCAACAACUCUCAAUGAUUGCAAAUAUCAUAUGGUUGAACAAAUAAAAAAGGACCUUUAAAGCCACUUCCUCUUUAACUUAAAUUAAAAGGUGACAUUUAAAGUGAAAAACCCAAAAAAUUUAAUGCAACCCCCUGCAGUUUUUUCAAAAAACACAUUACUUUAACUUUAUCCCAUAUUGUCCGUAUUGAAGCAAUGUAUUUAAACAUUAUCCCAAUCGUUUUAAUAUUGUGUUCACACAUUAUUCACCAUAAAUCAUACAGGAAUUAAUUUCUCAACUUUUACCUGGGAGAGCACACCAGGAGAAAGAUCAUUUCUAUUAAACAUUGCAGCGUACCCAUGUCAUGCUCUCUCCUGUAACCACAAUGCACCAUGCAUUUCACUUACUGAACCAGCAUUGUUGCAGGAGGGAAUAUGAUCUGGAUACACUAUGAUGCUGUGAGAAAAAAAUAUCUUUCUCAUGGCGUACACUCCCGAGUAAAAGUUGAGAAAUGUAUUCCUUGUUUGAUUUAUAAACCAUGACGGGAGUACAGAAAUAAAUAAAAUAAAAAAUCAGGAUUGUGUUGAAAAACGCAUCACUGUGAAAAAAAACAACACAGGAUAUAGCAAAGGUAAAGUAAUGCUUUUCUGGCAAACAUGUCUACCGCAAAGUGCAAGAACAAAUGUUUCAGAAAGUGUGCUGUUCCAGUUCUGAACCUGAAAAGAAAACACUGCUGUAUAGAAAACAUUAUUAUUCUAUUAAAGUCUAUGUUGGUUGGAAUACUGUAUAUACUGUAAAACAGUCUGUUCAACAUCAGAUUCAGCCACAUGUGAACAAACGUCAUGUGGCAAUAACCAAAAAUGAUUUGGAUUGAACAAUAAUUACUGUUUAGUGAACAAACAAAAAAAAAUGUAUUGAACAUAUCAGUAUAUUCAUUAUGAGAGAUAAGCAGGGAAUUUUCCCUCAGACCUUACAUUCUUAACAAAUAGUUGUGGUGUGAAAAACUACAGCGCCUCUUAUUAUGAUCACUGUUCUUCUCAACAUAAAACAUUGCACCGAAUAAUAAAGAUUAUCAACAAGAGGAUAAGCUGGUAACAGUGAGGGACACCAACCUUUUACUGUUAAUAACAGGGCUCACUGUUUGUUAAUCUUUUUUUUUUUUUUCUCAAUAAUUUCCAAAAUGUUGUUUCAUCAAGAAAUGAACAUUCUUCAUAUCUGAAUCAACCAGAGAAUUAAAAUUACUUAAUUACCUUACCGCUUUAUUGGUUGCUUCAUUGAACUCAAAUGUUGAUAGAGAAACAAAAAUGUUAACAGAUCCCAGUAAGGUUCAUACGAUUGGCUCGGAUAAUUUGUUGCAGUAUGUUAAUAAUAUUAUGCUAUUUGUAUACUUAAAUUGAAGGAG